AUCUAGUUAAGCCAUGGCAGAAAGAGAAGGCAACUCCGUCUAUCGCCAAGCUGUCGAGUCAGACAAGCGUUCCGGCUCCAUUGAUGCCGACGCCGCUACUCCCCUACCUUCUGAGAGCAACUCCAAUUAUCGCCAAGCCAUCGAUGCGCACAGACGAGCUGGCUCGAUUGACGCCGAUACCCCGAAAUCUUCUCAGAGUCGAGGGCCCUCUCGUCAGUAGCUGGAAAUAGUUGAAAGGAAGCUUGCUGUCAAUGCCGC